CCCUUAUUUUGUGACACCACACAAAGUCGUCUUUGGAGAGAGAGAGAAGGGCCAACGACCACACACACACACCAACAAUAAACCAUGAGCCCUUCCAAGCAGCGACAUCGUAGCUCAACCGGAGAAAACAAGUCAAAACCGGUCAGAUCCGGUUCAUCCUCCGGCAUACCGGAAUGGAUUACCGAAUCAACCAACGGCGGAUCUCUCCGUCGCGUAGAUCCCGAUACAGGUAUCGACGGCUGGGCUUCUCCUCCCGGCGACGUUUUCUCUCUCCGCUCCGAUUCUUACUUGACCAAAAAACAAAAAUCUCCCGCCGGUGAUUACCUCCUCUCUCCCGCCGGUAUGGACUGGCUCAAAUCCAGUACCAAACUCGAGAACGUGCUCGCUCGUCCCGAUAAUCGUGUAGCUCACGCGCUUAGAAAAGCUCAAUCUCGCGGUCAAUCUCUUAAGAGCUUCAUCUUCGCCGUGAAUCUCCAGAUUCCGGGUAAAGAUCAUCACAGCGCCGUGUUUUACUUCGCGACGGAGGAACCGAUUCCUUCCGGUUCGCUCCUCCACCGGUUCAUCAAUGGCGAUGACGCUUUCCGAAACCAGAGAUUCAAAAUCGUGAAUCGGAUUGUGAAAGGUCCUUGGGUAGUUAAAGCCGCGGUGGGGAACUAUAGCGCUUGUCUUCUAGGUAAAGCCUUGACGUGCAAUUACCACAGAGGUCCUAACUACUUUGAAAUCGAUGUCGACAUUAGCAGCUCGGCGAUCGCAACGGCAAUCCUCCGGCUAGCUUUAGGAUACGUGACGAGCGUGACGAUCGAUAUGGGGUUCUUAGCGGAGGCACAGACGGAAGAGGAGCUGCCGGAGAAACUAAUUGGAGCUGUUAGGGUCUGUCAAAUGGAGAUGUCGUCAGCGUUUGUGGUCGACGCGCCACCGCCGCAGCAAAUGCCGUCACAACCGUGUAGAACAUUGAGUUCGGCGAAAGUUAACCAUGACGAGGACGAGGAUUGAGAUUAAACCACAGGUCAAUGAACCAUUUCUCUAUCU